UUUUGUUGGACUUGACAGCGCUUUAGGUCAUGACGAGAAAUGUCACUCUUUGUUAAGUAAAGUGGUGAGAAAUCUUGCUCCAAAACAAGAUUAACGUAAUUAAAUGGUCAUUACCGCCACACCUGCUGAUAUUAGUGACUGCAAGUCAAAGUAAAGGGCGGCAGUUGGCUCACGCGACUACUUAUUUCGCUAGCGUGUCGGCUAACAACAGCUGCAGUUCGGGGAGGAUGUCGCUUCACGGCAAAAGAAAAGAAAUCUACAAAUACGAGGCACCAUGGACGGUGUACGCGAUGAGCUGGAGCGUCCGACCAGACAAACGCUUUCGGCUGGCACUUGGGAGCUUUGUGGAGGAAUACAACAACAAGGUCCAGCUGGUGGGUCUGGAAGAAGAGAGCUCAGAGUUCCUCAGCAGGAACACAUUUGACCACCCGUACCCCACGACCAAGAUCAUGUGGAUCCCGGACACUAAGGGGGUUUACCCGGACCUGAUGGCCACCAGUGGGGACUACCUGCGCAUUUGGAGGGUCAGCGACACAGAAACGCGUCUUGAAUGUUUGCUGAACAACAACAAGAACUCAGACUUCUGUGCUCCCCUCACAUCCUUUGACUGGAAUGAAGUUGAUCCUAAUCUGCUGGGUACUUCAAGCAUUGACACCACCUGCACUAUCUGGGGGUUAGAGACGGGCCAGGUGUUAGGACGAGUUAACCUGGUGUCUGGCCAUGUGAAGACCCAGCUGAUUGCUCAUGACAAAGAGGUGUAUGACAUCGCGUUCAGCCGUGCGGGCGGUGGUAGAGAUAUGUUUGCCUCUGUGGGAGCCGAUGGAUCCGUCCGCAUGUUUGACCUCCGGCACCUGGAGCACAGUACCAUCAUCUACGAGGACCCCCAGCACCACCCGCUGCUCCGCCUUUGCUGGAACAAGCAGGACCCCAACUACUUGGCCACAAUGGCCAUGGACGGCAUGGAGGUCGUCAUCCUGGAUGUACGUGUGCCUUGCACUCCGGUGGCUCGGCUAAACAACCAUCGCGCUUGUGUCAACGGCAUCGCUUGGGCCCCCCACUCGUCGUGUCACAUCUGCACUGCAGCCGACGACCACCAGGCUCUGAUCUGGGACAUCCAGCAGAUGCCACGAGCCAUUGAGGAUCCCAUCCUGGCCUACACUGCCGAAGGGGAGAUCAACAACGUGCAGUGGGCGUCCACGCAGCCGGACUGGAUCGCCAUCUGCUACAACAACUGCUUAGAGAUCCUGCGUGUCUAAAGCCACGAACACUUAUACGAAGAAGAGAAGCUCCUUCCUGUUUCAGAGUUUCUGGACUUGAUUCUUAGCCUUCGUCCCACUGCUUUCAAGACAAGGAUGAGGUCACGAGUGAACUUUCUGAACGUGUUUUGGAGUAUCGCACACCUACCCCACAAUGACCCGGUUUACAGUUUCUCUUUACUGCGUUGCUCUUCUAUUAAAAGUAUUAAGCUCUUAUUUAUUUUUUGGCUCACAAGGUAGUGUUCAGAAGCUUUGAAAUCUGAGCAGCUGUCUAUGAAAAUCCGAUUUUUAUACUUCUUGGUGUCACUUCAGCCAGCUGUGAGAUUAUCAUGAAGGGUUUAGAUGGCGUGUGCUUCAUCUUUUCGAGUUGUAAAGGUUGAUGCAAACUGCUGGAGGUGGCAGAAGAUGACCUCUCUAGGAAUACGUGGGAGCCUUCUUGUGUAAGAUUUUUCAAAUGGGUGUUUGUCCUGUUUACUCCCACCGAAUGAUCGAGGCUCAAACUUGUGACCGAUGAAACUUUUCUAAAUUGUCAGAUGACCUGAGAGGGAUUUGUAUCGUCUGUCAUCAUAUGGUGUGUUUUAGUUUGGCUGUGAGGCGGCCAUGUACAGCAACACUCAGAACCUACCAGAGCAAUGUCGUUCAGCCCUAUGAACUCCCUUCUUCUUCUCUUCUUCUUUAAUUGUGGGAGAUUGUGCUUUGAAAGCUGCAUUUUCUUUUGUUUAAAGUUGUGAAAAUGGGCGGAGCGUGAACCAACUUCCUGACCGAGUCUGCCUCUCUUUUUGUCGUUUCCAAUAAUUAAAGGGUCACGUCCUUGUAGCAUGCUAGCAAAAAAAUGUACAUACAUAUAAAUAUAUCAACUAGAGAUGUUGGUAAGACAAGUGUUCAUGUUGUAGCUUUUUCAUAAAGUUUAUUAAUGAAUUUGCUCUAAUAAAUUGUAUUCCUUCAUGUCCUAGGAACAAACUUGA